GGAGGGGGCCCACUUGUAAAAAAGAAAGAAAAGAGAUGUCACUCAAUCGUCUCCCACGGGCCCCCGUCAAUUUAAACGGCCUGCCUUCUGCCCAAUCGCAUCUUAUCAGAACCAGACAGAUUCAUUACCAAAGAGAUAGAGAAAGAGAGAGAGAGAGAGAGAGAGAGAGAGUGAGUUUGAGGAGGAGCUUCUUCGUAGGGUUCAUCGUUAUUAACGUUAAAUCUUCACCCCCUACGUCAGCCAGCUCAAGAAACAUGGGUGCAGGUGGAAGAAUGCAAGUGUCUCCUCCCUCCAAGAAGUCUGAAACCGACACCAUCAAGCGCGUACCCUGCGAGACACCGCCCUUCACUGUCGGAGAACUCAAGAAAGCAAUCCCACCGCACUGUUUCAAACGCUCGAUCCCUCGCUCUUUCUCCUACCUCAUCUGGGACAUCAUCAUAGCCUCCUGCUUCUACUACGUCGCCACCACUUACUUCCCUCUCCUCCCUCACCCUCUCUCCUACUUCGCCUGGCCUCUCUACUGGGCCUGCCAAGGGUGCGUCCUAACCGGCGUCUGGGUCAUAGCCCACGAGUGCGGCCACCACGCCUUCAGCGACUACCAGUGGCUUGACGACACCGUCGGUCUCAUCUUCCACUCCUUCCUCCUCGUCCCUUACUUCUCCUGGAAGUACAGUCAUCGACGCCACCAUUCCAACACUGGCUCCCUCGAGAGAGACGAAGUGUUUGUCCCCAAGAAGAAGUCAGACAUCAAGUGGUACGGCAAGUACCUCAACAACCCUUUGGGACGCACCGUGAUGUUAACGGUUCAGUUCACUCUCGGCUGGCCGUUGUACUUAGCCUUCAACGUCUCGGGAAGACCUUACGACGGCGGCUUCGCUUGCCAUUUCCACCCCAACGCUCCCAUCUACAACGACCGCGAGCGUCUCCAGAUAUACAUCUCCGACGCUGGCAUCCUCGCCGUCUGCUACGGUCUCUUCCGUUACGCCGCCGCGCAGGGAGUGGCCUCGAUGGUCUGCUUCUACGGAGUCCCGCUUCUGAUUGUCAAUGGUUUCCUCGUGUUGAUCACUUACUUGCAGCACACGCAUCCUUCCCUGCCUCACUACGAUUCGUCCGAGUGGGAUUGGUUGAGGGGAGCUUUGGCUACCGUUGACAGAGACUACGGAAUCUUGAACAAGGUCUUCCACAAUAUUACCGACACGCACGUGGCGCAUCAUCUGUUCUCCACGAUGCCGCAUUAUCACGCGAUGGAAGCUACCAAGGCGAUAAAGCCGAUACUGGGAGAGUAUUAUCAGUUCGAUGGGACGCCGGUGGUUAAGGCGAUGUGGAGGGAGGCGAAGGAGUGUAUCUAUGUGGAACCGGACAGGCAAGGUGAGAAGAAAGGUGUGUUCUGGUACAACAAUAAGUUAUGAGGAUAUGAUGAUGGUGAAAGAACAAAGAAGAUAUUGUCACGAACCUUUCUCUUGCUGUCUCUGGUCGUCUUUGUUUUAAGAAGCUAUGUUUUCGUUUCAAUAAUCUUAACUAUCCAUUUUGUUGUGUUUUCUGACAUUUUGGCUAAGUUAUGUGAUGUGGGACACGUUAGUGUCUAAAAUGUCUCUGUGUCUGUAUUGUUCUUCUCAUCUGUGACUUUCGGACAACUAAACUCUUGUUCUCGAACUACCUCAAUGUGGCAUUAAUGAAAGUGUUAUUGUUGA